CCUAGCACCAAAAUGAAUCAUCGUUCUUUCAACCAAUGUCGUCUCAUUUUCGUUCAUGUAUGCUAUAAGUCAUCGAAAAUAUCCUUAGGCUAUAAAGGAUCGCCUUUCACCUGUGUGAUGCAAUUCUUUAGCGGGGAAGUUUUCGUUAGCUGGUAUAAGCCAAACCCACCCUUCUGUAUAACUUGCGCCGGGAAGGAAUAGAAAGCGUGGAGAAGGUCUCAGUGUAGUCGAUGUCCUCUUUUAGAGUGAACCCCUUGACGACAAGCCUAGCCUUCUAUCUCUCAAUCUUGCCUUUUUGAUUCCGUACGGGCUUGGCUCAUUUUCUUUCUCUGGGUUUCAGAGUGAGUGGGUUAAGGAGCUUUUUUCCGCCUUUCGUCUUUCCAAUCAAGCAGUGGUGAUUUUCAUCUCUGGUGGACACUUCAUGUCAACAGACUCUUUAGUGCAAUAUUUGGAGACCUGAUCUUAUGGGAAAGAUUGAAGAGAUUCUCUUCUGUUCUUUAGUUUGCGGCUCAACUGUGAUUUCUUUGAUUAAAAGUUGUUCUCCUCAGCUGAUUUUCGAGUUUUGUGUGUGGGUCCGGGGGAUAGGCACCCCGAUUGUGAAGUGAACAGUUAGUGGCAAACCGUCGAACACAAGGUUAGGUGAAAUAUCUGUUUAUGGCUGGAGACCAAUGGCCCCAAGAAGACAAACAUCGAUUAAGGAGAUGAAGACUUUAGGGUGGUUCGUGACGUUUCAUCGGAAAAGAAAGCCUUUUGGAAAAGUAGAGGAAGACUUCUGGAACGAUUUUAAGGAUGAAUUGGGUGGUAUCUGGACACUAAUUGAUGAAAAGGAAAACAAACACGAACUGAAAUGUGAAGUCAUCCGUGAAGAACCACUCCUGACAGAUGGUUGGGGUUUCUUGCGAAAAUUUUAUGGGAUGACUGGAGAUCAUUCCAUCAUGUUUCGGUACGUAGGGUUGAGGUUGUUUGACAUUACUGUAUGGAUUAACCCAUCGAACCUAAAAUCCAUAGAUGAAGCUACAAACCCUUCGCGUUCAUGUGGUAAUCCUAACCCGGUAAGUCCAUCUGAAAAUCGGCGACCUAGUUAUACGAAAAAAGUGUUCAAAGUAGUGCUGAAUGAGUACAAAGCAAGUGGAAGACAAUUGAGCUUGCCAGUUGAAUUUGGAGAUCAUUUGCGUAAGAGAAGAUGGAAAACAUUGAAUAUUUGUGGUCCUGUGGAGAUGGUGAAAUGUUCUAUCAUCAUUCCUUCUGAGGGAAGGAAAUCUGUAAAACUUGGGAAAGAUUGGAAGUUUUUUUGUUACAAAAAUCAGUUUGUUGCAGAAGAUGAACUUGAAUUUUCAUUUCCUCAUGAUAGACGCAAUUUGGCGCAUGUUAUGAAGAUUGAGAAUUGA